CUGGAUGCCAAUGGCACACAGCUGACAUGCUUAGACAAAGUUAAGGUUGUACUGAUGGAUGGUAAGAAUCCCAGCAAGUGCUAUGGUGCGGUUCAUAUUGACGUGAAUGGUGAGCGUCUCCCUGUGUGUGGCUCUACCUGGACCAUGAAGGAAGCUGAAGUGGUCUGCAAGGAGCUAAACUGUGGGAAAGUGAUUAAACAUAGUAAAGAUCAGAAGACUAAUGAACGAGGGGCAAUGACCAAUGUGAAUUGCUUAGGCAGUGAGUCCUCACUGUGGCACUGUCGGGCCAGGCGUAACAGCAGCGCUGUCAUGUGUUCAGAAAAGGCUUCUGUCAUCUGUGCAGAUAGUAUAAGCGUGAGAUUGAAGGACGGUCCUGGAAGAUGUGCUGGGAGAGUGGAGAUCCAGUAUGAGGGCGAAUGGAGACAAGUUUCUAAAAAUGAAUGGGAUGACAAAUCAGAUGUUGUCUGCAGACAACUUGGCUGUGGCAAUAAAAGCAAACCUGAAACAUUCAUCAAGGGUCCAGAUAAUUUCCUCGCUAAUACUGUGAAAUGCAAGCCAGGUGCCUCAACCAUAUCUGACUGUUUGACAAAUUCAGAGUCAAAGACCGCCCCCGGUCAGAGGGAGAACGUGGGAAUAACCUGUGAGGAGCACAAGGUGGUAUUUCUGAGCGGAGAUGAGUCCAUUCCCUGUUCUGGCAGGGUGGGGAUACGGCACGACAGUAACGCCUACUGGCUCUCUGGCUCGAACAAGACAUGGAACCAAGAAUCUGCAAACAUAGUGUGUCAGCAGAUGAACUGUGGGACUGCAUCCAUCUUUACCCCCGUCCCUUCUACUGAUAUGCAGGCAAAAUUUUGGGAUAAAUCUUACAAGUGCUCAUCCAACGCCAAAUCUCUGUUUGAAUGUGAAACGAAGACACCGUCAUCAGACCACAAUGAGACCAUUGCAAAAGUGACCUGUACAGGAACAAUCACACUGAGCCUGACAAAGACGUGUUGGGGACAUGUCAUCGCCAAUAUGAGUGGGAGGAGCGGAGGUGUGUGUGGCGACUCCUGGAAACAGGAGUAUUCUGAGAUGCUGUGUAAAAGCCAUGGCUGUGGGGACAAAGUCCUAAAGGCCAUCAACCAGGCUGAAAAUAAAGAGGUGCUCGUCAAGAGUUUGCACACUACAAAUCUGGUUACUGACCUGACCCAGAGCAACUUCGUACUGAAUGAUGACAAGGAUAACACCUGCAACCGAAACCCAGCCUAUGUCAUUUGUUCAGGUAGUGUCAAGCCCAGAUUUAGUUCUACCAGGGACAAAUGUGUGGGAAAUGUGGAGGUUUUUUAUGAAGGCAAGUGGCUCCCGGUGUGCGAGAGCGCUCUUGAAAAAGAAGAUGUACGACACACCAUCUGUGAGCAGCUGGGAUGUGGUCGGGCUGUCGAUAAGAUUCCCCACUUUGGACCCAAACCAACAGAGAGUAAUGUGAUUUCACAACUACAGUGUAAUGGUGCAAAGUCAUUAUCAGAAUGUAGUAUCACUUCAGAUCAAGACAAUUCCUGCAAGCCUGUUGGCCUCAACUGCACCGGCUGGAGAAAGAUGUGGGUCAGCGGUACCUGUCGUGGACCUGUGUCUGUUCUCUCCAAUGGAAAACAUCAUGCCGUGUCCUCUGAAGGCUGGACACCCAUUGAAGGGAAUAGCCUUUGCGACGAUCUGAACUGUGGCAGCUACAAGUCGAAAAUUGACGUCGACAGUAACAAUAAGGAUUUUUGGAACAGAAGCUUCAAUUGUCCAGAUGUACCGAAACCAGAAAACAUCUGGGAGUGUGAAAAUAAUGAAACCCUAGACUCACGCGAGAAGAAACAGCUCUUUAUUAACUGUGAAGAGUCCGUGGUCACCCUGUCACAAAAUUGUCUAGGUGUAGUGAGAAUUAAUAAAUUGGAAGUGUGCAGCAGUAGCUGGACUGAAGACUAUUCACACAUGAUUUGCCAAGAAAAGGACUGUAGCAACGCUAUUUUAAGAAAGGGGAUCUUCACCAAUCCUAAGCCAAAUACUCAGUACAACCAUGUCCGCUGCAGUUCCAACCACCACAGACUUAGCCAGUGCAUGACAGUCAAGGGAAAGUGCGAUGGACAAGUGGUGUCUGUUGCCUGUAUUGCAAAUGUCGAGUUCAACACCACAGAAAAAUGUGGAGGUGAAAUUCGAGUCUUCGAUGGAAAUAGCUGGGAAAAAAUUUGUCCGCUGGGCAAUCUUCGCCCAGUUUUUUUGGACAAGCUAUGUAAUAAGCUUGGAUGUGGUGGUUACAUAGACCAAAUACGAAGAAUUAAGAACAAGAAUGAGCGCUUGAAUUUGGGACUGAAUUGCACAUCCAAUCACAUGGACAUCAAGCACUGUGUCGUCUCACGGACUUGUACGGACAGACCAGCUCAGAUCUACUGUACAGGUUACUCAACGCCAGCCCCACCGACUGAGCCCCCCCCAACCAACAAAGUGCCCAUUAUCGUGGGAGUAGUAUUGUCUUUGGUUCUGUUGAUACUGAUUAUUGUAUUUGUGCGAAUUUGCAUCGUCAAGAAGUACAAGAAUGACAAGAACAUCCGGCCGACGAUGCUGUCAAGAAAUGACUUAGAGUUUGAAAGUGGUGAGUAUGAGGACGUCCCGAGCAAAGAAAAUGAAAUGGAAGAGUUCGGUCGUGGCAGAUUCAGAUCAGAGGCUGAAUUCAUCACAGAGAACGACGCACGGAGCACUUCCUCCUUUUCUUACGAUGAUAUUGAUGAAGCAGAGGCUGAGCCCCUGCACUCUCACGCCACCACUGCUGGUGCCUCAAGAGACAAAAACAUCCAGCAAGAUACCCUCAAUCAAAGCGAUGAUGGGGUGACCUAUGAGGUGGAAGACCCACAGGAGAAUUAUGACGACAUUGAAGCCAGUCCUGAAAUCACACAAACUAAAGCUGAAGUCCACGACAGCCUCGUAACCGCACCUGAAAGCAACACAGUGGCACCUCCAGCAUUGGUGCAGGAGGAUGGGGACUACCUAGUGCCGAACCAAGAUGGGUGAGCCAAAACUGUGUUUAAGACCUGCUGAAAUAAAAUCCAAUCUGGCAAAGUGGAUCACCCCAAAACCCAGCUCCCUUUCACUCUGACUGA